GACAGAACAACAAUAUUAAGUUUAAAAAAAUCAAACAAUUAUUAUUUUUCCUUUUACCAUCGUAUUUUGUUGAUUAUUUAUAAGAAUUGUUAAAUAUGGAAAAUGUAGUUGAACAAUUGAAACAAGUGGAUUUCUUAGAUAUUUACGAUGAAAUAGUAGAGAUUCCAAUUACAAACGAGCAAGUUGCUAGAAUGUGCAUAACAAUGCCAUGCAAAGUCGAUCUUCGUAUGGGCAAUUUAGUCUACCUGGUUGAGCAAAAGUACAAAGCCCAACUAUCAACCUACAAGAAGAGCAAGGUUUUGAAAUGGUUAACCGUCAAUCUGCCGCGGUUGUUACCAAAUCCCGAAGCUAAAUACUUAAGAUGGCAUGAACGCCAUCAACGGAGAGUUAAAAUAGAUUGGAUACAAAGAAAAGCUCAAGCGAUACAACCAUUACCACCGCCAAUAAGUCUUACUCCACCGUCAGGUUUACAAGAAAAAGAUGCUUCUCGUGUCAGCCUGCUCAGGAAAUCACAAACCAAUGAGAUCGAUUCUUCCACACCACAUUCAAAUUCUACAGCAGCAACAUUAGAAACUGUUAUUCCUUCUCAACCGAAAUCCCCACAAGAUAUAAUGUCAGGAUUUUUAGAUUUAAUGGAUGCUUCAAUUACCACUGUAGACAGUGACGAAUUACCAACACCCUUUAUAAAUACUGUCACAAGUACUCAAGAAUUCGACUUGGAACCUCGUAGCAAUAAAGAUCGACAUAGAAUCGAAGAAACUGAAAAUCCAAUGCAAAAGAAAAUUCAUCCAAGGAGAGUUGCUCUUCAACAAUCCGAUGCCUUUUCUUCUCAGGAACUCUACAAUUCAUUCAAUAUAGAUAAUAUGGUUACAUCCACUCAAGAGUUUGGUUAAUUGCUUUGAUUUAUUUUAUUUUAAAUACCCAGUUGUAAUUUUUGUUAGUUUUA